AUGUUGUUGAAGAUGUUUUGAUGGAACCAGAAAGGGUUUCACUGUAUGGAGAUGCAGAAAAAUCUGGUGAUGUUGUCUCUUCAUUAGAUGCAGAACCACAACAAAGAAUAGAAGAGUCUGAUAAAGAACAAGGACAAGAAGGAGUAGAAAUAGAAGAGGUUUCAGAGUUGACUCCAAAAACUAUUGAGGAAAUCAAGGUGGCCGAGCAGGUUGAAUUUGAAAUGAAGAAAUCUUCAUCAAAACCGGAGGACGAGACUGAACAAUUAACUCUGAAUACUCUUGAGGAAAUCAAGGUAGCCGAGCAGGUCGAAUCUGAGGCCAAGAAAUGUUCAUCAAAGCCAUGGAAUGAACAAGAAGAGGGUAUGGAGUUGACUCCAAACACUAUUGAGGAUAUCAAGGUGGCCGAACAGGUCGAAUAUGAGGCGAAGAAAUGUUCUUCUUUGAAGAAAAAUAUUGAACAAGAAGACAAUGAAACUCGGUUUAUAUAUGAUGAGGACAGUGAGGAUGAUAUUCGAAAAAUGGAAUCCGUUUAUGCAAAGCAAGGUUGUUCGUCAAAGACAAAGGUGCAAAGUGUAUACUACUACUCAACUGUAAGAAUGGUAGAGGAUGUAGCUGAUAUAGAAGACGGUGAACCUGGAUUUAGUUUAGGACUGACGCAGAGUGACAGUGAAAAACAAGAUGUUGAGAAAGGAUCUCAAAACAUCAGGCCCAAGAAAAAGUUGAAUAAUAUGAUUACAAGACUAAGGGAUCACAGAAGAAAAAUGCAAGAACCAGUCAAAUAUCGGGAUUAUACAACUGAGAAAAAGAAAAGAACAAAAACUAAAUGUGAUUGGAGAAAAAAUCCUAAUGGAAAGAAUAAGCAGAAGGCGAAGAAUGAGGAGGUGUAUGAGGUGAAGGAUGUGAAGUUGAAAGCAGUUGAAAAAUUGAAAAUUAUGAAGGUACUCGAUGAAAGUCAGAGACCCCUUGUGAGCAGGUUUUUCAGAAGCAAAACUGAAAGUUACACGAUGUGGGAGAACAAGGAGCACCAACUGAUAAUAUCUGGGAGGAUGCUGGAUUUGUUGAUGAGAAAGGGAGACGUCGGAGAAGACAUCAUUGAGUUUUACAUCUUGAAAUUGCAAAAGAACAUCCUCAAAGAAGAGUUGAAACCAGAUGGUAAUCCGAAGUACAAGAAAGCUGUGUUUCUAAGCACAUUUGCCUAUAUAAGUUUCCUCUGCAAUUUAGUAGAUACAUUCUUACUAAGCAUGGACAAGAUUUACGGUUAGAGUUGAUUUCUGGUUACUGUUAAUUUAGUAGAUACAUUCUUACUAAGCAUGACAAGAUUCUUGUGUACUGGAUUAGUUGACUUUGACAUCCUUGACUAAGUUGGAUCUGUUAGUACUAGCAUACUAGAUAAAUUUCCAUCAAAAAGUGUGGGAAAGAUUCGUUAGUUUGAAGCAUUCAUCUUGAAUAGAGUGUUUUACUUAUGAUGUGGAUACGAAUUGUAAUUUGAAGAUCUUAGUAUCAAUUUGGUUAAAUUGCUUUGAAUGUAAACCUUUAUAGCAAAAACAA